GCCCAUUUCGUCCGACACAUCUUUAUUCUCUCGAAUCAUCCCGUCCCUCUCUUCUUCCAGAUUCAUCAUCUGACGAUCGUCGGAGACUCUGACGGAGAGAUCGCGAAAAUGAACCGGCGUUUAGUCGGAGUUUUAUCGGCGGCGGUUUUUCUGCUCUCACUAACCUCCGAAGCCUCGCACUGCUCUAUCAAAGGUUUGCCGCUAAUUAGGAAUAUCAGUGAGCUUCCACAAGAUAGCUAUGGAAGACCUGGUUUUUCUCACAUCACACUGGCAGGUUCAGUACUGCAUGGCAUGAAAGAGGUAGAAGUAUGGCUCCAAACAUUUUCGCCUGGUUCAAGAACACCAAUCCACAGACACUCUUGCGAGGAAGUAUUUGUCGUACUAAAGGGGACUGGAAUGCUCUAUCUUGCAUCCAAUUCACAUCCAAAGUACCCCAGGGAGCCACUUGAAACACCCAUCUUCACAAAUAGCACUUUUCAUGUUCCUACCAAUGAUGCUCACCAGGUUUGGAACACUGGUGAAUCCGAGGAUUUACAGGUAUUGGUUGUUAUAUCUCGCCCGCCAGUGAAAGUAUUCAUCUACGACGACUGGCUCAUGCCACACACAGCUGCAAGAUUGAAGUACCCUUAUUAUUGGGAUGAGUGCCAUCAAGCCACACAUGGCAGGAUGGCCUUCUGGAACUCCUCUUCUUUUGUUCCACUCCUUAUUGGCCUCCUGUCUCUCUUCCUCAUCACCUCCCAACCUCUCCCCGCCGCCGAUGCCGCCAAUAUCCGCCUUGCCAUCCGCAAGCCCGCGGCCCCCAACAGCCUCCCCCUUUUCAACGAGGCCCCGGCCUUCCGCAACGGCGAGGCGUGCGGGUCCGGUGACCUCAUCCAUGUCGUCAUGACCCUCGACACCAACUACAUUAGAGGCACCAUGGCCGCCGUGCUCUCCAUCCUCCAGCACUCGACCUGCCCGGAGAACGUGGUGUUCCACUUCCUCUGGCUCAGGCACGAGCCCGAGGUGUUCUCGAGCAUUCGGUCCACGUUCCCGUACCUCAACUUCAAGGUUUAUCGCUUCGACGCGAGUAGGGUCCGCGGAUUGAUCUCCAAGUCCAUUCGACAGGCGCUGGACCAGCCGCUGAACUACGCCAGGGCGUACCUGGCGGAAAUUCUCCCGGCCGAGGUCAGGCGGGUGAUUUACCUCGACUCUGACCUCGUGCUCGUGGACGACAUCAUGAAGUUGUGGAAGGUGGAGUUGGGCGGCAGAGUCCUGGCGGCCCCGGAGUACUGCCACGCCAACUUCACCGCCUACUUCACAGACGCGUUCUGGGCGGACCCGGAGCUGACCAAGACGUUCGAAGGGCGGAAGCCGUGCUAUUUCAACACGGGGGUGAUGGUGAUGGACGUCGAGCAAUGGAGGCGCGGAGGGUACACGAAGAAGGUGGAAGAUUGGAUGAUGGUGCAGAAGCAGAAAAUGAGGAUCUACCACUUGGGGUCGUUGCCGCCGUUCCUGCUCGUGCUGGCGGGGAAGAUAACGCCGGUGGACCACAGGUGGAACCAGCACGGGUUGGGCGGCGACAACCUCGAAGGGAAAUGCAGGAGCCUGCACCCUGGCCCCAUCAGCCUGCUCCAUUGGAGUGGCAAGGGGAAGCCAUGGCUGAGGUUGGAUUCGAGAAAGCCUUGCAUUGUUGACCAUUUGUGGGCUCCUUAUGAUCUUUACCACACAUCCAAAAAUACUUUCGUCGAAUGAUUCUUUUUACUUUGUUUGUUUGUUUGUUUUCCAUCUUGUUGAAACUUAUUAGGGAAGAAGAUAGGUGUGUUCAAACUAGGAGACAAUUCAAAAAGAAUUUUUUUUUUCAAAGGAAAGAAAAUGUCCAAAAACCCAGAUGCAUGCAUGCCCCAAAUGCCCCCUCUUCUUCACCGUCCUUAAUUUAUUUCUUGACUUCAUCAUUCCCAUCAAAUGUUUAUCCUUAACCAUUGUAGUAAUUAACUUCAACUCGAUUACAAUUAAGCAUGCUUCAAUCCAAGGAAUCAAUCAAUGAAAGAUAUAAUCCGUAUUAAAGCUCUUUGUUAUUA